AUCCUAUACCUGAGCCAACAGAAGAUGCGUUUCCCGAUCCUCGCCCUUCUCCCUGUAGCUCUCGCCGUUCCGACUGCUUUGGUCGAACGUGCUGAAAAGCCAGUAUACUGGUUGCUUGCAGGUGAUUCAACCACUGCUGCAGGUGGUGGCUGGGGCGAUGCUUUCCUUUCUACUACCGUUGCGCCCGGUUCAUCCGGUCGCAAUUGGGCCAAAGGCGGCGCCACCACAAAAUCCUUCCGCGAUGGCGGGUACUGGGCAAGCGUCUUGAAAGGCAUUGCGCAAUUCAAAGCCGACAACCGUGUUUAUGUGACGAUUCAGUUUGGCCACAACGACCAGAAAGAAAACUCGGGUGUGAGCAUCACGCAAUACGCAACCAAUCUGGGUGUCAUGGCCGAUGAAGUCGUAAAAGCCGGAGCGAUCCCAAUUCUCGUCACCCCUUUGACACGCAGGACUUUCAGCGGCGGCAAGGUCACAGAGAACCUCUCAAAUGAGACGAAGAAGACUCAGGAAGUGGCGAAGGGCCGUUCGCUACACACCAUCGACCUCAACAAAGCCAGCACCGCGUACGUAAACGCAAUCGGAUCAGCUGCAGCUGACAAGUACAAUCUCGCAUCUGGCGAUCGUACGCAUGUCAACGAGCAUGGAGGUGUUGUUUUUGCAAGGAUUGUGAGCGAUCUGUUGGUAGCUGCGUACCCAACGGAGUUCAAGGACGUCACGGUUGCGAAUGCGACGUUGAGCGCAGCUAUCAAGGCCGGAAAGCCAGCAUGAAAGUGGGGAUUAUAUCGAGAAUAACGCAUUCCUCAAGUUCGGA